AUGCUAACUGGCGCGGACGCGUGCGACGGAUUUUACCUACAAAUCCUACAAUGCCCUAGGGUCCUACCAACCGCGGCCCUGGAAGCCUUACUGGGCCUGCCGCCGCUGCACCUCUUUAUACAACAGGAAGCGCUAGCUGCGGCGGUACGUCUUAAAAAAUCUAAUCUCUGGAGACCGCCUAGGGUGCCACACACCGAAAUCCUCUACGAGGCCAUAGGUAGGGAACCGCUCAUAGAAGCGGUGACUGACAGGAUACCCAAGCAGUUCGUCUUCGACAAGAAAUACAAAAUACAAUUACAUGAAGAACCCCAUGAAGGACUCAACCCAAGGGAGCUGAGAAUCUUCACGGACGGAUCAAAGACAAGGUCAGGCACUGGCGCUGGGGUUUUCUCAGAGGACCUAAACAUACACAUCUCAACACCACUUGGUGCCCAUAACACAGUCUUCCAGGCGGAAUGUAUGGGCAUCAUAAUGGCAGCACACGCAAUCGUCUCAAGGGAAGUAUUGGACUACCCCAUCCGCAUACUCUCUGAUAGUCGAUCAGUACUGCAAGCUCUACAAAGUUAUACUCUCACUUCAGGGCUAAUUUACGAAUGCCACAAAGCUCUGUCAGAGGUAUGUACCACCAAUGGCGUAACUCUGCAGUGGAUCAAAGGACACAGCAACUCACGAGGUAACGAUGCAGCCGACAUCCUGGCGAGAGGUGGCUCGGAACUGAAGGUGGCAGGACCUGAGCCAAUUAUACCUCUGCCAUUUGCCUGGCUCCGGAACAUGCUGCGUCAUAACACCAAGGACAACUUCUAG